AUGUUGGUAAUGAAGUUUGUUGCUGCCGCCAAUAAAGAAGUCGUUAAAGUCGGCCUGAUUCCAGCAGAAGAUGUCAGUGGUGUGGUGUUCCUGCAAGCGGAGCAACUACUCCGAAUCAUGAUCCGGCUCGUCCAGCGAGAAAAAAACAGUGAAGUGUUGGAAGCAAAGCUCCACGAACAUAUGGCAUCUCUCCAACCUUCAGCACGAACAUCCUCUAGCGAUCUUGCUAAUGGAACGUAUCCUGAACCAUCAUUUGCCUUGUCAGACAUGGACCAAUCGUAUUUAAAACUACUCAUGGAACUUUUCGGCGUUGACCGCAAAAAGCUUGAGUCAGACAUUGCCCGCCUCAAGACGGUUGUAUCCCAAAAAGCUUUGCACAAGGACAUUGAGCAAGUUCUUUUCUACGUGUCCAAGGAUGUAGGAUGGCUCUCUCCGGGCAAGUUCGCUUCUCCUGAAGCAUAUCAAGCAUGGAAGGAGCGUGAGACCCAGUAUUGCGAGGCGCUAAUGAAAAAGUGCCCAAUACCACCGCCCAAGAAACUCUUGUCUCUCCCACCACCUCCAAAGGGUGACGAAUUUUACGUUAUACCAUCGCCACUGGCAGUGCGUGCUUUCAUGGUUCAACUUGGUAAACUUUGUUUGAUUCAGCACAGGAAAGAACUUCAGUUUGGCUUCGAGACGCCGUCUGAGGUACUGUUAUUUUCAAACAAAUCAGGAGAACUCCUUUCACUCUGUGCCCGUGUGUGGCGUGUGGAUUAUCCGACGCGAGCUACAUGUCUCUUUAUUGCAGCACACUUGUCGGGUCUUCUAGUGGACCCCUUAUUUGCGACCGGAACACGGGAUUUGGGACCCAUUGACUUGAAUACCACCACAAAAGUGCUUCAGACGUGCAAGCGCUGGGUUGAAGAGGGUAAGCUUAAUUGGGACGACAAACACUAUUGGACACUCAAAGAUCAAGAUGAAUGGGCAACGUAUUUGGGCUAUACAUAUAGCGAAGUCUUCCUCAGUAUCAAAGACUGCCUAGGUAUGUUGUUGAGCAAAACUUCAAAGCCGAAGUUCGCUCCUUACUUAAUCUUUCUCGGGGAGUAUGUGGAAAAUGACUCUCUAUUCCCAAAGGUGGAAACGGGGCUUGUCACCAAGUGGCAAAAAAGACUUAAGAAAACACUUUUGCGUGUAACAGAGACACUGUACGCUGAAUGCUUGAGUGCAAUUCCCAGGGACUCUACUUUAAGUAUAGUGAAUGUGUUAGAUGCAGCGGAUGUGUUAAUUGAAAAUAUUAAGAUGCUUCAAAAAAGAUACAAAAGUCCUUUGCUCGGUUACUUGAAUGUCAGUCACACAUACGCCGAUCUGGUUACAGGAAUGUUCGCCUCAGAUGCAAAAAAUAUGCUUGACCAUAUUGUGGCACAUGUGAGGGCGAAAAAUGAGUUUCUAAAUUAUGGUGAUGCUUUGGAAGCCUACAAAACUCUUCAAGAAAUUCGUUCGAUCCACCAACAAGUUUCGCCAUCGAAAAAGUUUGCUUUCAAAAUAGAGGAUUUUUUCUUUCCGUAUCUUGAGGCUUGGGUGUCAGAGAGUGGAGAGAAAAUCCUGUCAUUUGUCAAGAAUGCCAUUGAAGAGGAUGAAUUUCAACCAAUAGAUCUUGACAACGAUAACAAGAAGUACUCCUCAUCGGUUCAUGACAUUUUCAGCCUCAUCAAACAUUAUCUUGAUAUUUUGAAGGGUUUGAACUGGCAGAACCAAUUCCAUCUCGCCAAGAUUUAUACUACUCUAAUGAAAAGUAUCUGCGAUUCUUGUCUUUUCUAUGCUAAUGAGAUGUCAGAUAUGGUCAUGAAGGAUUUGGCGAAUACUGAGCAGCGCUCUGACUGUGAAAUUGCAACCGGGCAGAAAGGCUGGAUUGCUGAAAUGAAAAAUAUAGUUUCAAAUUUCCAAAAUCUGGCAGAAAAGCACGAAUCAGAAAACCCCAUCAACUUUUCAUCCACGACGUGUGUUGGUCUUAAUAACAUUAGUGAAGUGUUGAAACAGUUAGCCAAAUUGGAGCAAUUGUUGUCCCCAGAAGACGUUUCUAAUAUAAUGAUUAAGAAUGAUCCAAGGUCCCGUCAUUUUUAUACAAGCCACGUAUUUUCCAUUAGAGUGGUAAAGGCUGAAAAUUUGCGAUCUGUUUCAGACGCAUCAAACAUCAGACCGUAUAUGACUCUUAUUGAUACGCUGGCGAGGCGAACAAUUGCCAAGACAAGAACAUUGGAUUCUGAGAAUCCCGAAUGGGAUGAAGAAUUUGAAAUUACCUUAGCACCUAAGGCCACCAUGACAUUAUCAGCAACUGUAUGGGAAGAAAAGUUCGGGACGCACGCUGUGUGCGGGAGAGCUCUUUUGCAAUUAGAGCCUAGAAAAUUCAAACACGACGGUAUUGCUCAAGAGGUGUAUCUUGAUCUUGAUUCUCAAGGAAGAGUUUUGAUCGAGAUUGCAGUUGAAAGUGAACGCGAAGAUGCUGUCUUUGCCAUGGGAAGAGCACACCGUGCAUUGAGAAGAAGUGAACAGCGUAUCAUCAAGAUGAUUGUGGCCAAAUUCUCAAAGUUCAUUAAACAUUGUUUUUCGAGAUCCACAUUGAAAUUUGUCUGUGGUAACAGUGGGAAUAUCAAGCCUACUCAGGAACAGAUGGAUGAAGCUAUGAAACCCUUGUACAAUUAUCUUAACAUGAAUUUACUGGUUUUAGCUCAAUAUCUUUCAAAAGAAAUUUUACUUCGGGUUAUGAUUGAAGCAUGGAAUGUUGUUGUUGCAAGUGCAGAUGAAUUGCUUCUUCCCAAAUUGACGAGCGCUAGAGUUCUACGCAACUCCACACUCGGCUACAAGAGGACGAGCGCAAGUGGUGGAAAUAUUAAAACCGGUUGGCAGUCUGCCGUGUCUUCGGCUGUGGCCAAUGUGACAAAUUCUAUGAACAUUUUAGGAUUCGGUAAGACUUUAACCAAUAAUGAGAUUGAAACGGUUAUUUCGUGGCUUGACUUUCUCUGCAUCGAUUUCUUUCAUAAUGAAGGUAAUGGGCCUCCGGUGGAGGAUUUGAAGACAGAGCAAUACCAAUCCCUACUUUUGAUUCCAGUGUACUAUGAUCGUGAUACUUCCUUUUUGAUGCAAGAAGUGGAACGACUCUCACCAGCAUAUCUUCGGAUGCUAAGAGACAAAAAUAAUGUUUACAUUUCGCAACAUCCAGGAUCUGAUACAGCAGCCCUUAGAAGUAGAGCAGGUUCAAUCGCAAGAAGUCUGACUAUCCGCGCAAACGCGACAGCCCGAGCUAGAGCAAGGGCUGAAAAAGAAGCCCGCGAGUUGCGCUCUGAUCCUUUGGCCGCUCAGACGUCUGCUGAGAACAUUAUAUUGCGUUUACUACUUGUUAAAGACGAAAAACAAUUCGUCGCCAAACGGAUGGAAGAGAGAGAAAGAUUAGCGCAUACGAUAGCUACAGAGAGAUUGGCUAGAGCAGUAGCUGAAGGAACUUUGUUCCGCUAA